AUGAAGACCCUGUUCCUGGCCAUCAGCCUCGGCCUCGUAGCUGCCCUGCAGGCCCAGGACCCCUCGGCCACAGACGAGGAGAGUGAGGAUGUGUCGGGAAAGUGGUAUCUGAAGGCCAUGACCGCCGACAAGGGGAUUCCUGGGAAGAGGCUGGAGUCUGUGACUCCCUUGACCCUCACGGCCCUGGAUGGGGGCAACAUGGAAGUCACGGUCGCCAUUCUGGUCAACGGCCAGUGCGAGGAGCUAAACGUCGUCCUGGAGAAAACGGAUGAGCCGGGCAAAUACUCGGCCUACGGGGGCAAGCGUGUGAUGUACCUCAUCAGGUCGUCUGUGAGGGACCACUACGUCCUUUACUGUGAGGGCGAGGUGCACGGGACGCAGGUGCGAAUGGCAAAGCUCAUAGGCAGAGACGCCGGGAACAACCAGGAAGCCUUGGAGGACUUUAAGAAGGUCACAAGAGCCAGAGGACUCAGCUCGGAGCGCGUCUUCAUCCCCACGCAGAUCGAAACCUGUUCUCCAGGCAGCGACUAG